CCCGUCCGGCCCCGGGCUUGGGCUUCUUCCUCCGCGACCGGGGCGCGUGGGGCUCGGAUGGCGGCCAAUGGCUGUGGUGGCGGGCAGGCCGCGGACGGCGGCGAGAUGGACGUCCACAACACGUACCGCUCGCCGCUCGCCGCCCGCUACGCCAGCCCAGAGAUGGCUUUCAUCUUCAGCGACGCGCACAAGUUCCAGACCUGGAGACAGCUGUGGCUAUUCUUGGCGGAGGCGGAGCAGAAAUUGGGCCUGCCCAUCACCGACGAGCAGCUCGAGGAGAUGAGGGCGAACCUGCACACCAUUGACUACAAGAUGGCGGCCGAUGAGGAGAAGCGCCUCCGGCACGACGUCAUGGCCCACGUCCACACCUUCGGCCGCUGCUGUCCCAAAGCGGCCGGCAUCAUCCACCUGGGCGCCACGUCCUGCUACGUCGGAGACAACACGGACCUGAUCACCCUCAAGAAGGCCUUCGACCUGCUCCUUCCCAAGCUGGCCCGAGUGAUCUCCCGACUAGCGGAUUUUGCCGCAGAGCACGCCGGCCUGCCCACGCUGGGCUUCACGCAUUUCCAGCCCGCGCAGCUGACCACGGUGGGGAAGCGUUGCUGCCUCUGGAUCCAGGAUCUGUGCAUGGACCUGGCGCGGCUGGCUCGUGCCCGGGACGACCUGCGCUUCCGCGGCGUGAAGGGCACCACGGGCACCCAGGCCAGCUUCCUGCAGCUCUUCGAAGGAGACCAUGAGAAGGUGGAAGAGCUUGACAAGAUGGUGACCCAAAAGGCAGGGUUCCGGCGCGCCUUCAUCAUCACGGGGCAGACGUACACGCGGAAGGUGGACAUCGAGGUGCUGUCCGUGCUCGCCAGCUUGGGAGCGUCCGUCCACAAGAUCUGCACCGACAUUCGCCUCCUGGCCAACCUCAAGGAGCUGGAGGAGCCCUUUGAGAAGCAGCAGAUCGGCUCCAGCGCGAUGCCCUACAAGCGGAACCCCAUGCGCUGCGAGCGCUGCUGCAGCCUGGCGCGCCACCUCAUGACGCUCGUCAUGGACCCGCUGCAGACGGCCUCCGUGCAGUGGCUUGAGCGCACGCUGGACGACAGCGCCAACAGGCGCCUGUGUUUGGCCGAAGCCUUCCUCACCGCCGACACCAUCCUGAGCACUCUGCAGAACGUUUCUGAGGGGCUGGUGGUGUACCCCAAGGUCAUCGAGCGGCGGAUUCGGCAGGAGCUGCCCUUCAUGGCCACAGAGAACAUCAUCAUGGCCAUGGUGAAGGCGGGAGGCAGCCGCCAGGAUUGCCAUGAGAGAAUCAGGGUGCUCUCCCAGGAGGCGGCCGCCGUGGUGAAGCAGGAAGGGGGCGACAACGACCUCAUCGCCCGCAUCCAGGCGGACCCCUACUUCGGCCCCAUUCACGGCCAGCUGGAGCACUUGCUGGAUCCUUCGUCCUUCACCGGCCGCGCCGCCCAGCAGGUGGAGAAGUUCUUGCAGGAGGAGGUGCGCCCUCUGCUGAAGCCUUACGAGGGUCAGCUGGCCGGGAAGGUGGAGUUGAGCCUGUAGAGCCCCCAGAAGAGCCUUUCGUUGGUGGGGAAAAGGGAGGCAGGGCCUGCGAGGGCCUUUGUCCAGAGCCUGGCAACCAGCCAGCAGGCCGGCCUCCCUCCCUCCCUCUGGGCAGCGGCCUCUGCAGAGCCUUUCCAAAAACCUUGGGUCUUCUCGUGCAGAAAAGAGCGGUGGGGUGGGGGCGGGGGCUGGGUGGGCUGCUUUCUCCCAACCCUGCUCUAUCUAAUAAACGCUGCUCCUGUGGCCCA